UAACAUUAUAGUGAAUAUUGAAAGCCGUUAUAGAAAUACUUUAGUUUUUAUGUAAUGUAUAGUCCCCCCGGAAAAAUGAAAUAAAAAUUGAGAACUGCAAAGCAAAUGAACAAGAACCUCCCCCAUAUGUUGGCAAUUGACUGAGGACAGCAUCCCAUUAUUCUACAAAAACCUGAAGUGAGGAUGUGACGGUUUCAAGGGGAAGUCAUGAUGUUGCUUUAUGUUAAUGAUAAAGUGUGAACACUUUCAGCUUCCAAUACUAAGCAUGAGCAUGUCGACUGGAAGAGGAGUGCCGCCUCCGCUCUGCCAGGGCUUUCUGAAGAAACGGAAAGACAAAAUGAAGCUUCGGUGGGUGACAUACUGGUUCAGACUUUACAAUACAACACUUUUUUUCUACACUAAAAAACAUGGGAGUGCUUUAGACCUCAGGGGACAAUAUUAUAUAUAUGAGGUUCAGUCUGUGCGGGAGGUAAACAGAUCGGAGAACAAUCGCUACCUAUUUGAGAUCACAAUGAAAAAUGGGAAGAAGAAAAUGCUGGCUGCAGAUACAGCUGAUGUCAGGCAGGAGUGGAUGGACCAGCUAUGGAAAGCCAUGCUGCUCAAUGGCCCAGACAGAUCUGGAUCUGUCUCUAAUGGGGAGCUGGUGCCAGAUAACAACCCUGAAGCUCGGUCUAGCCAGUGUGAAGGAUCAAGUACUGAGACCUGCAGCACUUCAAUGGACAGCAGAUGUCUCUCCAUUGGUCAAGAAUCAUUCCAGUCUUUCACUGAUGCUGAUGAGUCUCAAGAAAUUCUGCGCACAGACAGUGUACUGGAGCAAAGUACUGAGGAGUUUAUACUGACUGACUAUGAAUAUGACGUUCUACCAGCGCGAAAACUUGCUGAAGAAGUCAUCUAUGACACUCCCCCUUCAAAAUGGUCAACCAAUGAGGGAGAGCAUGAGGUGACUGAAAGCAUCUAUGAUGUCCCAAACGCCUUGAUUAGGAAACUGACUGAACAUACAAUUGAAUCUCACAGCAGCAGUAGUGUGAGUCCUGAGAGUGAUGAUCUUCUAAAUGACAUGAUAGCAUGUUUGGAUAGUGAAUCUGCUGCUUGGGUCAAGACUGGGGAGGUGGAUCAGCUAAUAGUCGGCUGA